GUCCACCGUCUUUUCAAUCUGACCAAAAUGAAGUGGUCGCUUCUCAGUCUGCUGGCCUCGACUGCUUUGGCUGCCACGCCGGCGCAAUGGCGCUCGCAGUCCAUUUACUUCUUGUUGACCGAUCGCUUUGCACGCGACGACGGAUCGACCACGGCUUCAUGUAAUACCGAGGACAGGAAAUACUGUGGUGGCACCUGGCAAGGCAUCAUCGACCAGCUGGACUACAUCCAGGGCAUGGGCUUCACGGCCAUCUGGAUCACGCCGGUGACAGCCCAGUUGACCGAGGAUACCGAGUACGGCGAUGCCUAUCAUGGCUACUGGCAGCAGGAUAUAUACUCGCUGAACGAGAACUAUGGCACCGCCGACGACCUCAAGGCGCUGGCAGACGCGCUGCACGAGCGCGACAUGUAUCUCAUGGUCGACGUGGUGGCCAACCACAUGGGCUACGCGGGUGCCGGAGACUCGGUCGACUACAGUGUCUUCAACCCCUUCAACUCCCAGGACUACUUCCACUCCUACUGUCCGAUCGAGGACUACGAUGACCAGACGCAGUCCGAGGAAUGCUGGCUGGGUGACAACUCCGUCUCCUUGCCAGACCUGGACACCACCAAGUCUGAAGUCCAGGACAUCUGGUACGACUGGGUGGGAGGUCUGGUGUCGAACUACUCCAUCGACGGUCUGCGCAUCGACACCGUCAAGCACGUCCAGAAGGACUUCUGGCCCGGCUACAACGACGCCGCCGGGGUGUACUGCAUCGGCGAGAUCCUAGACGGGGACGCCUCCUACACUUGUCCCUACCAGGAGGUGAUGGACGGCGUGCUCAACUACCCGAUCUACUACCCGCUGCUGAACGCGUUCAAAUCCACCAGCGGCAGCAUCAGCGACCUCUACAACAUGAUCAACACGGUAAAGUCGGACUGUCCCGACUCGACCCUGAUGGGCACCUUCAUCGAGAACCACGACAACCCGCGCUUUGCCUCGUACACCGACGACAUCUCGCAGGCCAAGAACGUCGCCGCGUUCACCAUCCUGGCCGACGGCAUUCCCAUCAUCUACGCCGGCCAGGAGCAGCACUAUGCUGGUGGCGAAGACCCCGCCAACCGCGAGGCGACCUGGCUGGGCAAGUACAACACCGAUAGCGAGCUGUACAAGCUGAUCGCUGCGUCGAAUGCCAUCCGUAACCACGCCAUCAGCACGGACGAGAAAUACGUGAAUUACCAGAAUUACCCCAUCUACCAAGACAAGUCCACCCUCGGCAUGCGCAAAGGCUACGACGGCGCGCAGGUCAUCACGGUGCUGUCGAACCAGGGCUCGUCCGGAUCCUCGUAUACCCUGUCGCUUGACAACACGGGGUUCUCGUCCGGCGAUAAGGUCACUGAGAUCUACACUUGCACCGCCCUGACGGUGGAUUCGGACGGAAAGGUUCCCGUGCCGAUGGAUGGCGGAGCGCCGCGGGUACUGUUCCCGACGGAGAAGCUGAGUGGAAGCGGUUUGUGCAGUGGAUCUGAUUGAAUGCUGUAUAGUUGUAAAUGAUGUGAUGGUGUAUAUCCAUGUAUACCAACGGGGAUAUAAUGGGUUGAAUGAUUGCAAAGAUGAACAUAUUGAGAGUGGAAGAUAGAG